UUGCUCUCAUUCGCGGCGAGAGUGCCGUGAAGCGGCUCCGGAAUGGAGCUGACGGAGGUCAACCUGGCCGACGACGGGGAUCCUGGAGCAGGAAGGCGCAGCAGCGUGGAGGAGCCCGCCCGGGUGGGCAGCAGCGCGGACAGCCUGCCGGAGGAGGAGGAGGACGACGAGGAGGAGGAAGAACAGGCGGCAGUGGCGGGCCGGCGCAGGAGGGCCAGCCGCGCUUCCUCGCUGGUGAGCGGCCUCCUGACCGAGCUCUACAGCGUGGGGCGCGCCCCCCACCGCGACAGCGUGGACAGCUCCACGGAGGCGUCCGCCGGCUCCGACGCCUUCCCCGGGGGCCGGGGCAGCAGCGCCGAGUCCCGCUUCCUGCAGGAGCUUCAGCGGAGGCCUGGCCAGCGGCACCAGAGGAAGUACCUGACCCAGAAAGAUCCCAACGAAUUGACAACAAUAAUACGUGAGCUGAAUUACAGAAUUUGCGUCCAAUCAGCAAAACUACUUCGCCUUCUGAAACAAAAGGACAGGCUUUUGCAUAAAGUGCAGAAGAAUUGUGAUAUUGUGACAGCCUGUUUGCAAGCAGUUUCCCAAAAACGGAGAGUUGACACAAAGUUGAAGUUUACACUUGAACCAUCUUUAGGUCAAAAUGGUUUUCAGCAGUGGCAUGAUGCCCUCAAAGCAGUGGCAAGGCUGCCAACAGGAAUACCGAAGGAGUGGAGGAGAAAGGUCUGGCUCACCUUGGCAGAUCACUACUUGAGGAGCAUAGCAAUUGACUGGGAUAAAACUAUGCGCUUUACUUUCAAUGACAGAAGCAAUCCUGAUGAUGACUCCAUGGGUAUUCAGAUUGUAAAGGAUCUUCAUCGAACCGGAUGCAGUUCUUACUGUGGCCAGGAGGCAGAGCAAGACAGAGUAGUAUUAAAACGGGUUUUACUGGCCUAUGCUAGGUGGAACAAAUCUGUAGGAUAUUGUCAAGGCUUUAACAUCCUAGCUGCCCUUAUCCUGGAAGUAGUGGAAGGCAAUGAGGGAGAUGCUUUAAAAAUCAUGAUUUAUUUAAUUGAUAAAGUGCUGCCUGACAGCUAUUUUGUCAAUAACCUUCGAGCGUUGUCUGUUGACAUGGCUGUGUUUCGAGACCUCCUAAGAAUGAAACUUCCUGAGCUCUCUCAGCAGUUGGAUACUCUUCAAAGAGCUGCCAACAGGGAAAGUGGAGGUGGCUAUGAGCCCCCACUUACAAAUGUCUUCACGAUGCAGUGGUUCCUGACCCUGUUUGCUACGUGCCUUCCUAACCAUACAGUUCUAAAAAUUUGGGAUUCUGUAUUUUUUGAAGGGUCAGAAAUUAUACUCAGAGUAGCACUGGCUAUUUGGGCAAAGCUAGGAGAGCAGAUAGAUUGUUGUGAAACUGCAGAUGAAUUCUAUGGCACCAUGGGAAAGUUAACCCAGGAGAUGCUCGAAGACAACCUCAUUGAUAGCAAUGAACUCAUGCAGACGGUUUAUUCUAUGGCGCAGUUCCCUUUCCCACAACUAGCUGAAUUAAGGGAGAAAUAUACAUACAACAUUACUCCUUUCCCUGCCUCAGUAAAAUCAACUUCGGGACGGCUGGGAAAAAUUAGAGACAGUGAUGAGGAGAAUGACCUCGAUGACGAAGAUUCCAUAGCCAAUAUCAUUGGUUGCCUGGGACCAUUCACUGGGUUUCUGACUCCAGAACUACAGAAAUAUCAAAAGCAGUUCAAAGAUCAUAAUGAAGAGCAGAGUCUAGGCUCUAGUAAUAUUGCAGAACUAAGCCCUGGAGCAAUAGAUGCCUGUCGAAGUGAAUACCAUGCAGUCUUCAACAGUAUGAUGAUGGAACGUAUGACCACAGACAUUAAUGCUUUGAAAAGACAGUAUUCCCGGAUAAAGAAGAAGCAGCAGCAGCAGGUUCAUCAGGUGUACAUCAGAGCAGAUAAAGGGCCAGUUACCAGUCUGCUGCCUUCUCAGGUGAACCAUUCCCCAGUUAUCAACCAUCUUCUACUAGGAAAGAAGAUCAAACCAACUAACAGAUCUGCCAAAAAUGCUAUUCAUAUUCCAAGUCAUGUCGGAGGCAAGAUGUCACCCAGUCCCAAUGAAGAUCUUAAAACAAAGCUCAAUUCUCCCUGGCGCACUCACAUUAGAGUACACCGAAAAAACAUGGCAAGAGCCAGAGGUCAACUGGGCUAUGGGGAUACUAUAGGACUAAUAGAGGAGCAGAGUGAAGGUGGGAAAACUAACAAUCCCAAUGCAAAAGAAGAGGCUCCAAGCAAACCUGAAUCUGAAGAAAGAGAAGGGAGUGAUUCAGAUUCUAGUACUGCCAGGAAAGCUGAUGGACAAUCUCCUGAACCAAGUUACAAAGAUGCCAAUGCCAGUACCAACAUAUCAGCAGUUCAGCUGAAGCUGGAAGCUCUGGAACUUACCCAGACUAGCAAAGAUGAUACUGAAUCUGUAUCAAAUCUGUACUGUCAAACACAUACAUCUGAGCUGCCUGGUUUGCCCAAUGACAGUGGGACAAUGGCAAAAUCUCCCCAAGCCAGCACUCCUAAAUCACAAGUCUUCAAUCCUUUUCCUAGUGUCAAGCCACUCAGAAAAUCCACUGCAGCCAGAAAUCUAGGAUUGUAUGGCCCAACUGAAAGAACCCCAACUGUACACUUUCCACAAAUGAGCAGAAGCUUUAACAAGCCCACAAGUGGUAACAGCGGCUCUAAGAAACGAUGAUGUAUAUACCACCAGCACGUUGUUGUUGUUAUUGUUGUUAUUGUUG